AUGGAUAUUCGAUUAGCAUUUAUUUUGUGCAUUUGCUUUGCUGUUUAUGUGUCGGCUCUAUCAUUAGAGUCAGAUCGUUCUAAGAGAGAUGUCAUGGAUUCCAUGAAAACUGCUUGGACUGAAGUAGUUAAGACUCUGAGCGAUGCUGGAGAUAGUGUGGUACAUGUCUUCAAGCCCACGGAGAAAAGUAUCAUUGACAAAAUGGCCGACGGUGUUAAAAGCCUUACACAA